AUGAGUCCGAUCGUGUUGACUCAACUGGCAACGGGUCUCAGCGUUUUAGCUGGGGCGGUUCUGGUGAAGUCAGUAAUGGACCAGAACCCGAUGAUGGGUCCGGGACAGAUGCCCAGAUGCCACAGUUGCAACGGAACGGGUCGGGUCUCGUGCAUGUGUACUCGCUGGUCGGACGGUGACGUUGGUUGUCGGACUUGUGCCGGGUCUGGUCGUAUGGCUUGCAACAGCUGCGGUGGUACGGGAACCGGCCGGCCAAUUCCAGUGCAGCUCUCUGUUCGACCUUCGAACCGGCAUUCCUCAGAGUAA